AUGGCUGAGCUCCCAUCAAAGGUGCACCUCUACUCACACCCCAUCUGCCUGAGGAUCCAUGGGCCCUGGGUGUACGAGGACGAGAACCAGCGCACCUGGCUGCCUCUCUUCACGGAAACAGGGGGUGUCCUGCAAGUACUGUUGCGCCAGGAAGACAACCCCGUUGGGCAUAUGGCAACCACCAAAAGCCGGCUCACCUCGAGCAUCAUGCCUUUGAUGUGGACGCUCCACUCUGGAAGCCAGUAUGAGGACCACAUGCACCGGUUCUGGCGCAUUGUGCACCACGUCAAUGUGGAUGGAGUGGAGGAAAUGAUCCUUGAGCUGAUGGAAGAUGCCUAG